GCUUCAGAGUGUGUGUGUGUUUUCUAAACCCGCUCACUCUCAAUCUCCUUUCCUGUCAUUUGAUGUGUGUGUAUACCUGCACACACACACACACACACACACACACACACACACAAACACACACACUCUCUCGCUCUCUCGUCCCAAGAGCGGCAGGUUCCCUGGAAGCAGCUAAACUAUCAGUGGCCGUAGCGAACACAUGCUCGCUCUCGGCUCGACUCUUUCUUCAGUCGCUGCCCAGGGAGGAGGAGGAGGAGGAGGAGGAGGAGGAGGAGGAGAAGUGAGGCUGGAAGCAACAGACUGAAACACACAGAUAGAAAAGAGAAAGAGACAGACUUGGACAAACCUCUGCCUGGCUGACUGUGAGAGAGACUACAAGUGAUGCCUCUCUCUCUUUGGUGGAGCAGCACGUAGUUCUUUAGCUUCCUUCUUCAUUCUUCAUCUGUGUUCAAACGAUGAGGAGGGACCGUCUCUUCUUAGCCGCGACCCUCACAGCCAUCUUCUCCGCUGACCUCUACUUUAUCCUCCUGCCAAAGCUGCGCAGCGUGGGGCUGGGAUCGGGACACUUGUGUCCAUGCGGCGUUGCCAACAACCUCACCCUUCCCAGCCACGGGGGUCUGGCCACCCCGCGGCUCUCCAACUGGACUUCGGCGCCGCCUCCGGACGGCACGGCGUCCGAAGCCGCCGACGGGGGCUCCAAGCUGAGAAGGCUGUUCGCUCACCCUCUGUACAACAUCCAGACUCCGAUGCUGGCGCCGGAGGAGAGGCUGCUGGAGGUGGAGCUGCUGAUGGAGUACUAUAGGAAGAAGAUGUCACGCUGGCAAAGACAUAUGAAAGUCUACAGCGAGGCGGUGGCUUUAUCCAACAUCACUUUGACCAAGCAUGACGUGACCUACGACCCCCACGCCAGCUGGCUGGAGUUCCACCGGGGAAUUAACCGCUACGCUCUGUACGCCCGCGAAGACCCCGCCAUCCCACAACUUCUAAAGGACAUGCAGAGCAUGACCGUCGUCGGCUCAGAUUACACUCAAGAUCAGAAGGCCCUAAAAGGAUCAUGUGAUUGCACCCAAGUUGUGAAGCCCAGCGGACAUCACCUGAAACUGGCUCUAAAGAUGCAAAACUUUGCCAAAGCGAUGUUCAAACCCAUGAGGCAGCAGAGGGACCAGGAGACUCCAGAAGACGUGUUCUACUUUGUUGAUUUCCAGAGACACAAUGCAGAGAUUGCCGCCUUUCACCUGGACAGGAUCCUUGACUUCCGGAGGGUGCCGCCGGUGGCUGGCAGGCUGGUGAACCUCACGGGAGAAGUCCUCCAUGUCACCCACAACGAAGACCUACGAGGGGUCUUCUUCACCUCGCCAGCGAACAACGCGUGUUUCUUUGCCAAGUGCCUGUAUGUCUGUAAGACUGAGUAUGCGGUGUGCGGUGGGCCCCACCUGCUGGAGGGCUCCCUGUCCGCCUACCUGCCCGGCCUCAGCAUCGCGCCCCGCAUCUCCAUCCCUAACCCCUGGAAACGCUCCUACACCUUCACCGGGCGAGAAGAGUGGGAAUUGAACCCCUUCUACUGUGACACCGUAAAGCAGCUGUAUCCCUAUAACGCUGGCAACAGGCUCCUCAACGUCAUCGACAUGUCCAUCUUCGACUUCCUCACGAGCAACAUGGACCGGCACCAUUAUGAGAUUUUUACUAAAUUUGGGGACGAAGGGUUUCUCCUCCACUUGGACAACGCCAAAGGGUUUGGGAAGCACUCUCAAGAUGAGCUGUCCAUCCUGGCUCCAUUAGCCCAGUGCUGCAUGAUAAAGAGCUCCACCCUGAUGCGGCUCCAACUUCUGGUCCGAGCGGAGUUGAGGCUCAGCGACGUGAUGAGGGAGUCCCUGGAGGGAGACCCUCUGCGGCCCAUCCUGACGGAGCCCCACCUCUUAGCGCUGGACCGCCGGUUACAGAAGGUCCUGAGAACGGUCCAGGGCUGCGUCCGGAGGCUGGGCAAGGGCCAUGUGAUCACCAAGGACUUUGUCAAAUCCAGGCCUCAGACGGAGAAGGUCAGCUGACCCCGGAGGAAAGGGAUGGCGCUCCUCGUCGUAUAGCUGCUCGCUGCUCAGAUGGUUUUUAAGCCGUGAAUGGAGAAAAACAACACUGUGAAAUCUUCAGAGAAGGAAUGAAUCUCAUAGUGGGACUUUAAACACUGCAGAUUCCUGUCUUUUUGUUUUAAUUUCCUUCUCUCAGGGUCAUAAAUUCCCCCAAGGGUGCAUUUUUAUGACAGAUCUCUCACUUUAUGUCCAACCAGCUCAGUUUGGAGUUAAUACAUUUGAAAUAAAGAUAUAUUUUAAAAGCCCAAAAAGCUGUAAAAGUGAACAGGAUUUGACUUCAGGAGCUUUCUUUGAUACCUGAAGCUCAAGUGAUAUGCCUAAAAAAAAAAAUCAGCAAUGGAGUUCAUAUUCACAAAAUAGAGCUGCCAUGCACUGGAUCCGUUGUUUAUCACUGAAAUAAAACAUCUGUGUGUCCAUGUGAUGUAAUAAUGAUACAAUAAAAAAGUUAUUUUGAACAUAAAUAAUCA